AUGCUGCCACUAAGAGCCUAUGCCCUUAACCUUCGUCCGUUACUAUUAGAAGAUACCCUAGCAACAGUUGUUGCAAAUGUUUCGCUGACUGCAGUCGAUUUCGAUGACGGUAUGCCAGAGUGCGAAUUGGCUUGGAUCGAAAUGCUUUGGGAUACCGGUACUGGUACGGCUGUAACAAUCGUCACAGCUGAUAUCCUCUCGGACGAAUUCAGGACACACUUAUCAGAUCCUAUUCACGACCCCUAUCGGAACGAGAAUAAGGCUCGAUUCCAAGUUAGCUUUAUAUUCGAAUUCUCUAAUACCUUAAUCCAACACGAUACUAUGGCGUUGGUUGUGAACAAAGAAUUUGUUCCAAACAUGCGUUCCGGCAUCAUACUAGGCCAGAGGGCCUGUCUCAAUCGAAUUCAAUAUCGGGCAAUUCCGCGUGCAGUUCUGGAGGCCAAUGGAGAGACUAUCGGAAAAGAGUUCUGGGGGAUCUGGUCAUCGAGAACCAGCUCGGCUCUCACGGGCAUCACAGAUGACCUACAAGGCUUCGAGAAGAGAAGCUGGAUUAUUACUGGAUAUCUGGCCACCUACACAGGCCCGAUAAUUGGCGGUGCUCUUGCACGGGACUCGGCCUGGCGGUGGACCUUUUUCGUCAAUGCACCGUUGUGUGUUAUUGCGAUCGUUGUUAUCAUCGUCGCGAUGCCAAAACACUUUGGCCUUGAUCAGCACACUCCUUCAUUUCGAACACGAGCCUCAUACCGCUCAUUUGCUAAUCUUGAUAUAAUGGGAUCGCUUUUGAUGAUGGCUGGCUCGUUUUUAAUAGUCGCCGUCUUGAAUGAAACCAAUCUGGCGUUCUCAUGGUCCUCGCGGGACGCAAUUGCGCUCCUUGUGCUCACGGGGGUUUCCUGGAUCGCUUUCUUUGCCUGGGAAUGGUAUAUCUCGGGCAUCCCGGGCAAAGACCCCAUAUUUCCUAAGCGUUGGCUUUUUGAUCGUCCAUGGCUGGGAAUACUUAUUUCUUCGUUUGUCAUCGGCGCACCAUACAACGUCGUCCUAGUAUAUGUUCCACAACAAGCCCAGCUUCUGUUAGAUAAGUCACCUUUGGACGCCGGUAUCUAUUUGAUAGGGUAUUCUGCGAUUGCCGCAGUUGCCGCGGCUAUUAUCAAUAUCGCCAGUGCUAGGGGACGCAUCCCGUUUAUUUAUACUCUACUCGUGGGCUGUACCGUUCAUACAGUCGGCAUCGGGCUUCUCUCGACCAUUGCCAAUUCUAGGGGCUUCCACGCAACCGAUAUUGGAUAUCUAGUCAUUGCUGGGACAGGAAUGGGUCUGACAAUGGGUGUCCUGGUGCUAUCCACGCCAUAUAUAGUCGAGGACAGGGACCUGGCCAUUGCCACUGGUACCGUGGUCCAGAUCCGUUUUCUUGGCGGUGCUAUCGGUCUUGCCAUUGCAUCUAACAUAUUAAAUGGCCGUCUAUCGAAGCGUUUGCACGGUCUUAUGACGUCGCACGAACUGCACUUAUUCCUUGAGAAUGUGAAAUCGAUAAAAAGCCUAUCUCCCCAUCUACAGGAUGAGGCGAAGAGUGUUCUAGCUAGUAGUUUCAAUACGCAGCUACUUGUUAUGAUCGGAUUUGCGGCUGCUCAGCUACCGGCGACUCUACUACUGCUAAAGGCAGGCCGGCAGCUUGCGGCCAACAAACACUCGGGUACGAAUUCAGGAUAA